CACAAAACAUCACUUCCGGACAUAAACACAGCUUAAAAAACGAAGUUUUAAUCGAAUAUGGCUUCGUACCAACAGUUAAACCUUCUUGAUCUACCAGAGGAAAUAAUAGAAACAGUUGUGUCCUACCUAUCAUUUCACGAGUGCAGUGAAACCAGAAUGGUAUGUAGGCUGUUCAACAAAUUAUGUCAGCAGCGUCUGAACAAGGGAUUUGCCAAAGUUGAUAAACUACAUGCACAGAUACAAAAAGAAGUGAAAAACAAACUGCCACGAAGAGAAUCUGAACGUCGAAACCAUCAGCUUGCUAGACAUGUUGAUAUUCUAUCAGCGAUUGAAACCCGCCUGUCAUUACUGGGCAUGUCUUACAUGAAAUAUAUGGAUUCUGGGUUGUGUUGUUUUAUCCCUGGCAAGGUUUUGGAUGAACUUCUUGCAAUUCUGCACAAGUUACAGUCAAGUGAUCAGCCCCCUAGAUCACAUGAGUUCUUACAAGAGUUACGGGACAUAUCAUCAAUGGCAAUGGAACAUUUUGAUGAGAAAAUUGUACCUGGACUGAAAAACAAACUUCCGGCUGUUACUCUGCCAUACCCCUUCUCCGAAGCAUGUUCAUCAUCAUCAACAUUGUUCCCAUUUCAAUCUUCCCCAGUGCGAGGACCAAGUAUGAGGUCAGAAAUUACUAAUCUUGGUUCCCAGCUGCGAGCACAGAGUACCAGUAUGCAACAGGUCAAAAAGGACAUGUCAGAGGUGAAAAUAGGUUACACAAAUAAUAAAAAGAGACUUACUGAUCAGGAAAAGAAGGUCAUUCAACAAGGUCAAGUAAUAGCUGAACUAGAGAAGAAAGUUAGUGAUCUAAAUCAGAAAUUUAUAGACAUGUCUGCAGAGCUUCAGAAACUGAAGGAAGUUAAAGAAGGAGGGGAAAGUAGUAAGAACAUUUCUCAUCUCCACAAAGAAGAGUAUGCAGCAAGUGAGGAUAACUCAGAAAAAAGACUGAACACAGAAAGUAAAGAAAGAGUGACAAGAAAUAAAUCUCUGAAGCGUAAAAAUGGAGGCCAGUAUGAAUCUAGAGUGAAGAAAUCAAAAGUUAAAUAAAAUUCUUUAAUAUAUGAGGGACAACUGAAGCUGGUUCUAGAUGGACUAUUCAAAGUAUAGGUAGAGUUAUUGCACUCACCAAUUUGUCGGCAUCCACGUCCCAGAUUGGUUAAUUAUUUGUAUGUAAGAUUGUAUUUCAGUAACAUUUGUGGGAAUGGAUUCAAACUUCAACACCUGUUCUGCAUGAUAAUCUGGCAUAGAAUGCACAUAUUCCAUAACAAUAGUAUUUUCCAAAUUUACAAAGUUAUGCCCUGUAUCUACCUGGACAUUUUUGGUUAAGCUUUUGUAUGUGAGCUUGAAAAUCAGUAAGCACUAGUGGGAAUAGCAUUAAAUGUCACACAAUAGUUUAUUGUGAUUAUCUGACAUGCAGUGCACAUGUACAUGUAGUAUGUCACUGUUUUGCAUUUUUACAGCUUUGCACCUUUUUUGACUUGGAAUAUUCUGGUCAAGUCUUGGUAUGAAAGUUUGUGUCACAGUAACCUUUAAUGGAAAUGAAUGUGACUUCACACACUUAUUUACUGUGAUGAUACAUGUAUGACUUGUAGUGCACAGCAUCCAUAGAUAAGUUUUGUUUUUAUGCAGAAUUAUGGCUCUUUUUUGACUCUCAGUAUUCAUUUAUUUGAUUUGCUUUAGUGACAUGGCUUUUGAAUAGUCAAGCAGUGCUGUCCUCUGACAGCUUUAUUGCAUAUGUAUUUAAGUCAAAUAUAUGUGUGCAGAAUAUGUUCUAGAAAGCAAUAUUUCUUUUAUUAUUAAACGCAGAUAGUUGUUUUAGCAAUCAUGUAUGUCAUUAUUGUUGGACAUGAUUCAUAGUAAAUGUUUUGUUUUUUAAAAUAAACAUGGCAGUCAUGUAUAAUCUGCAGCUGGACUAAAUCCGCCUUCACAAACAACAACUAGUUACUACAAUGACCCACCUUUAUUAGUACCCUGCUGGUUGAAAACCAGUUACGACUACUUCAGGAUUGUGUUUUUGUCAUUUUGCCUUCACCACUGUUGUACCUGGUCCUUUAUGCUGUCAUCUAUCAAGGGAUUUAAAUAUUAUUUGGCAUAAGUAUUCCCCAUAAUGAGACAACAUUUCAUGCAGACAAUCCAGACCAUUAGAUGAAAGUGGAGGUCAUUGGUCAAUAAAGCUAUUAUUUUUCCCUCCAGUCUGUAACUCAACCAUCUAUUAAGGGAUUUUAAUAUCACUUGGCACAUUUUUAUAUGCCCGAAGGGAUGUAUUAUGUUAUGACGCUGGUGUUGGUCUGUCCAUCUGUCUGUUUGUCCAUCUGUCCGUUAGCAAUUUCGUGUCCGCUCUGUAACUCUUGAACCCCUUGAAGGAUUUCAAGGAAACUUUACACAAAUGUUCACCACACCGAAACGAUGUGCAGAGCGCAUGUUUUGGAUGUCUCGCUUCAAGGUCAAGGUCACACUUAUGAGUCAAAGGUCAUAUCAGUUUGUUUCGUGUCCGCUCUGUAACUCUUGAACCCCUUGAAGGAUUUCAAAGAAACUUGACACAAAUGUUCACCACACCAAGACGACGUGCAGAGCGCAUGUUCUGGAUGCCUUGCUUCAAGGUCAAGGUCACACUUAGGGGUCAAAAGUCAUAGUUUGUUUCGUGUCCACUCUCUAACUCUUGAACUGCUGGAAGGAUUUUAAAGAAACUUGGCAGAAAUGUUCACCACAUUGUAACGAUAUGCAGAACGCAUGUUCCGGAUGACUCGCUUCAAGGUCAAGGUCACACUUAAGGGUCAAAGGUCAUAUAUGACUUUGCUUUGUGUAUAUUGCUCUGCAUUGCAGUGCUCUUGUUUUUAUUUGGCAGAUCUCUUUUUUUACUUACAAUAAUUUUUUUUUAAUUACUUCCCUUUUAUGUUACCAUAAAUAGCUUAUUUUGAAACUUUUUUAUUAUUGGCCAUAGGGAAAAACUGAGACCACUUUUCUGUGGUACAACAUGGAUGGUACCUCCAAUUUUAAGGUGUAUUUUUACAUACCUGUACCUGAUAAGGAUUUUUUUGUAGACUUUGAAUAUUUGUUUUUCGGAGUUAGGUUUGUUUUUUGAAGUUUUCCUUUUGUUGUUCCAGUCCUUUGGGGCUACAGCAGUCAAGUUCUUAAGCUCUGCAUUGCAGUGCUCUUGUUUUUAUUUGGCAGAUCUCUUUUUUUGUACUUACAAUAAUUUUUUUUUGAAUUACUUCCCUUUUAUUUUACUAUAAAUAGCUUAUUUUGAAACUUUUUAGCUCACCUGUCACAUAGUGACAAGGUGAGCUUUUGUGAUCACGCAGCGUCUGUCGUCCGUGCAUCCGUCCGUGCGUUCGUCCGUAAACUUUUGCUUGUGACCACUCUAGAGGUCACAUUUUUUGUGGGAUCUUUAUGAAAGUUGGUCAGAAUGUUCAUCUUGAUGAUAUCUAGGUCAAGUUCGAAACUGGGUCACGUGCCUUCAAAAAGUAGGUCAGUAGGUCUAAAAAUAGAAAAACCUUGUGACCUCUCUAGAGGCCAUAUAUUUCAUAAGAUCUUCAUGAAAAUUGGUCAGAACAUUCACCUUGAUGAUAUCUAGGUCAAGUUCGAAACUGGGUCACAUGGGGUCAAAAACUAGGUCAGUAGAUCUAAAAAUAGAAAAACCUUGUGACCUCUCUAGAGGCCAUAUUUUUCAUGAGAUCUUCAUGAAUAUUGGUCAGAAUGUUCACCUUGAUGAUAUCUAGGUCAAGUUCGAAACUGGGUCACGUGGAGUCAAAAACUAGGUCAUUAGGUCUAAAAAUAGAAAAACCUUGUGACCUCUAUAGAGGCCAUAUUUCUCAAUGGAUCUUCAUGAAAAUUGGUCAGAAUGUUCAUCUUGAUGAUAUCUAUGUCAAGUUUGAAACUGGGUCAUGUGGGAUUAAAAACUAGGUCAGUAGAUGUAAAUAUAGAAAAACCUUGUGACUUCUCUAGAGACCAUAUUUUUCAUGAGAUCUUCAUGAAUGUUGGUCAGAAUGUUCACCUUGAUGAUAUUUAGGUCAGGUUCGAAACUGGGUCAUGUGGAGUCAAAAACUAGGUCAGUUGGUCUAAAAAUAGAAAAACCUUGUGACCUCUCUAGAGGCCAUAUUUCUCAAUGGAUCUUCAUGAAAAUUGAUCAGAAUGUUCACCUUGAUGAUAUCUAGAUCAAGUUCGAAACUGGGUCACGUGCGGUCAAAAACUAGGUCAGUAGGUCUAAAAAUAGAAAAACAUUGUGACCUCUCUAGAGGCCAUAUUUUUCAAUGGAUCUUCAUGCAAAUUGGUCAAAAUGUUCACCUUGAUGAUAUCUAGGUCAUGUUCAAAACUGGGUCACGUGCGGUCAAAAACUAGGUCAGUAGGUCUAAAAAUAGAAAAACCUUGUGACCUCUCUAGAGGCCAUAUUUCUCAAUGGAUCUUCAUGAAAAUUGGUGAGAAUGUUCAGCUUCAUGAUAUCUAGGUCAAGUUCGCAACUGGGUCAUGUGCAGUCAAAAACUAGGUCAGUAGGUCUAAAAAUAGAAAAACCUUGUGACCUCUCUAGAGGCCAUAUUUUUUACGAGAUCUUCAUGAAAAUUGGUGAGAAUGUUCACCUUGAUGAUAUCUAGGUCAAGUUUAAAAGUGGGUCACGUGCCUUCAAAAACGAGGUCAUUAGGUCAAAUAAUAGAAAAACCUUGUGACCUCUCUAGAGGCCAUAUUUUUGAAUGGAUCUUCAUGAAAAUUGGUCAGAAUUUUUUAUCUUGAUGAUAUCUAGGUCACAUGUGCUCAAAAACUAGGUCACUAUGUCAAAUAAUAGAAAUAACGACGUCAUACUCAGUUCAGCACUGGGUCAUGUGGGGAUAGGUGAGCGAUUCAGGACCAUCAUGGUCCUCUUGUUUAUUAUUGGCCAUAGGGAAAAACCGAGGCCACUUUUCUGUGGUACAACAUGGAUGGUACCUCCAAUUUUAAGGUGUAUUUUUACAUACCUGUACCUGAUAAGGAUUUUUUUGUAGACUUUGAAUAUUUGUUUUUCGGAGUUAGAUUUGUUUUUAGCUCACCUGUCACAAAGUGACAAGGUGAGCUUUUGUGAUCGCGCGGUGUCCGUCGUCCGUCCGUCCGUGCGUGCGUCCGUCCGUCCGUAAACUUUUGCUUGUGACCACUCUAGAGGUCACAUUUUUCAUGGGAUCUUUAUGAAAGUUGGUCAGAAUGUUCAUCUUGAUGAUAUCUUGGUCAAGUUCGAAACUGGGUCACGUGCCAUCAAAAACUAGGUCAGUAGAUCUAAAAAUAGAAAACCUUGUGACCUCUCUAGAGGCCAUAUAUUUCACAAGAUCUUCAUGAAACUUGGUCAGAGUGUUCACCUUGAUGAUAUCUAGGUCAAGUUCGAAACUGGGUCAGGUGCCAUCAAAAACUAGGUCAGUAGGUCUAAAAAUAGAAAAACCUUGUGACCUCUCUAAAGGCCAUAUAUUUCACAAGAUCUUCAAGAAAAUUGGCCAGAACAUUCACCUUGAUAAUAUCUAGGUCAAGUUCGAAACUGGGUCACGUGCCAUCAAAAAGUAGGUCAGUAGGUCAAAUAAUAGAAAAACCUCGUGACCUCUCUUAGAGGCCAUUUUUUUCAUGGGAUAUGUAUGAAAGUUGGUCUGAAUGUUCAUCUUGAUGAUAUCUAGGUCAAGUUCGAAACUGGGUCAUGUGCGGUCAAAAACUAGGUCAGAAGGUCUAAAAAAAGAAAAACCUUAUGACCUCUCUAGAGGCCAUAUAUUUCAUGAGAUCUUCAUGAAAAUUGGUCAGAAUGUUUACCUUGAUGAUAUCUAGGUCAAGUUCGAAAGUGGGUCACGUGCUUCAAAAACUAGGUCAGAAGGUCAAAUAAUAGAAAAACCUUGUGAUCUCUCUAGAGGCCAUAUUUUUCAUGGGAUCUGUAUGAAAAUUAGUCUGAAUGUUCAUCUUGAUGAUAUCUAGGUCAACUUCGAAAGUGGGUCACGUGCCAUCAAAAACUAGGUCAGUAGGUCAAAUAAUAGAAAAACCUUGUGACCUCUCUAAAGGCCAUAUUUUUCAUGGGAUCUGUAUGAAAAUUGGUCUGAAUGUUCAUCUUGAUGAUAUCUAGGUCAAGUUCGAAAGAGGUUCAUGUACGGUCAAAAACUAGGUCAUUAGGUCUAAAAAUAGAAAAACCUUGUGACCUCUCUAGAGACCAUACUUGUGAAUGGAUCUCCAUAAAAAUUGGUCAGAAUGUUCACCUUGAUGAUAUCUAGGUCAAGUUUGAAACUGGGUCACGUGCCUUAAAAAACUAGGUCAGUAGGUCAAAUAAUAAAAAAACCUUGUGACCUCUCUAGAGGCCAUACUUUUCAUGGGAUCUGUAUGAAAGUUGGUCUGAAUGUUCAUCUUGAUGAUAUCUAGGUCAAAUUUGAAACUGGGUCAACUGCGGUCAAAAACUAGGUCAGUAGGUCUAAAAUUAUUAAAAUCUUUUGACCUCUCUGGAGACCAUAUUUUUCAAUGGAUCUUCAUGAAAAUUGUUCAGAAUUUUUAUCUUGAUAAUAUCUAGGUCAAGUUCGAAAGUGGGUCACAUGAGCUCAAAAACUAGGUCACUGUGUCAAAUAAUAGAAAAAACUACGUCAUACUCAAAACUGGGUCAUGUGGGAAGAGGUGAGCGAUUCAGGACCAUCAUGGUCCUCUUGUUUGAAGUUUUCCUUUUGUUGUUCCAGUCCUUUGGGGCUACAACAGUCAAGUUCUUAAAAUUUUGCUCCCAUCCUAUGAUGUAAGCCUUCGGGCGUAUAUUGCCCCGCUUGGCGGCGCUCUUGUUUCCCUAUAACAAGAUGGUAUGUCGAAUACAACUACCUGACCCAUAGCUUAAAGGCCAAGGUUAACAUGAUAUUGCCUUGGUCUGUUUCAUGUCCAGUCCAUAACCGCCAUCCAUCAAGGUAUCUAAAUAUUAUUUGGCACAAAUGUUUUCAUGAGUUGAUUAUUCAACAUAGUAUACUACAGCACACUAUUUCUUAUCCAGAGUCCUCAGCAACCACUUUAUACUGGAAUAAACAAAACUUCAUAGGAAGCUUCACUUCCAAGAGGAGAUGCACAUACUAUCUUCAUGUUCUAGUCUGAUGAUUUUUCAAUGAGUAAUUGUCAUCUGGUUAUUCAACAGUAGUAAAUUAUAGUGCUGCGCUUGUCCAGAGUAUUUCGCAGCAAAAAGCUUCAUUCCGAAGAGGAGAUGCGAACUUCUUGUGCUUGCAUUUUAUCAACAACUUCUUGCUACUUUUAAAAUGCAAUAAUCAGACUAUGUGGAGCUUCCAUCAGUUUUACCGAAAUUUUGUUGCUAUCCAUUUUCCUACAACUUUAAAAAUGAAAUAUUAUUAAAAACUAUAGAUACUAAAUGUAAUUAAAAUUGUAGAUUUAAAUCAAAACAUGUUGCAUUAAUAACAUGUGUGUGUAUGUAUGUAUCAAAAUAUUGUGUAUACUAUAUACUUCAUUGACAGAUAUCAGAUCAUUACAUACUGCAGUUGAGAUAAUUAAUUAACUUCCAGUAGGGGAACCUUUAUUGCAUGGCAAUAUGUCAAUCACUUGUUUUUGUCAAUAUACAUGUAUUGCUUAAACAAUUUUGUUCUCUGUUUGAUUUCAAAUAGUAUGGUAACCGUACAUUACCUUAUUAGUUUGUGUAUCUCAGCUAGUGAACUUGAUUAGUUGAAAUAUAACUCAGAUCGGAAUAAACCUAAAUGGGGAUUCCUGAUACCUAUUUGAAAAAUAAAGAGUUGUUUUUGUUGUGGUUUGGUAGGAUUUUGUCCUGAAACUAAUGUCAAUAUACUGUGGCUGAGGUGAUGCUUGGUAUAAAGUUUUAGGUGGCUGUAUUGCCAUUACUGGUGUGCAAUGUAAAAAGACAGCUGUAUACAUGUAUAGCUUAAUAACACUCGUAUAGAAGUGUGAUAAAUUUGCAUUGCAUGCACAGUUGUUUUAGUUUUUUUUGGAAACCUAGUUUGAUGAUUCACCUUAAUUACACCAUGACUGACUGAUGAUGAAUAAAACAGAUUUAUUUUAUUUAGAUCUAGAUAGCUACAACGUUUUCAAAAUAUUGUUAUUUUUUUCUUUGGAACCAUAGUUUCAUAAGAGAUGGAUCACUAGCUGUAACAUUAUUGACAAUAUAUGUCAUUGGACUUUCUUCAUAUAUUGAUUUAGAUGGAUAAUAAUUCAUGCUGUCAUUUUAUUUUGUAUCUUUUGAAGUAGAAAGAAAGGAAAAUGUAUAUGUAUGUUAGUCACCAGUACGUUACUUAGUAAGGACACCUGUGGCUGAGUGGUCAUGGACCCCUUUGGCUGAGUGGUCGAGGACCCCUGUGGCUGAGUGGUCUAGGUUUAUUAAAUAGAUCCUGUGGAAUUGAGCCUGCCUUGGGUGUCAUGUGAGGAAGCCCUCUAAUUGCUUUGUAGGAAUCCAGUGAUUAUGCGCAGGUGUCCGUCUAUGUCUGAAAUAAUGCCUCAAGGUACCAUUUGGGUGUUCCUCUACCAUUAAAAGCUGGGCAGUGUCUAUAGUACCUGAACUGUGGCUUAUUUAACUGAACAAACAAAGCAACAAGACAAUAAUGUUGUAUUUCUAUGCCCCCGGCAUCUACUGAUGCGGGAGGCAUAUAGUGAUUGUCCUGUCCGUUCGUUCAUCCGUUCGUCAGUAUACAUGGAUUUCAUGCGCAAAAAUUUUCACAUGGAAAGCGUAAGAAUGGCGCAUGCAUUUCAUACGCCAUAAAAAAGCAUACGCCUGGCGCAUGAGACACUUUUUCCUGUGGUACGAGGUUAACCAAAUGGGACCGUUUCGUCUAGCAUCAAUACCCCUUACUAGAAUGACUUGAUACUAAUGCAGAUGUAACCUGUGACCAUUCCUCAUCUUCAGACAUCACCUGACCUCAGUUUGACCUUGACCUCGUUUUGGACUUAGGUUGCUUUAUAUCGACAAGGAUGCCACUGGGGGCAUCAAGUGUUUAUUGAACGCAGCUUCUUGUUAAUAUAUUUGUUGUGACUAGAAUAUCAGUGCAAGUGGUAUUUUUAGGAACACAACUCCAGAUAAUUAAUAUAGCAUGCAAGGCAGAUGAUAUGUUAUUUUAUAUAUGUUUUUUUUCUAAACAGUGAUUUUUCAUUGAAUAAAAUCAUUGUUUUGAGUUCAGUGCAUCUGAAGGAUAAUCAUUUUAUUCAAAAGAAAGUCACUAGUUUAGAUAUAUUAUUUUGAUUUUAACACGAUAUCAGGGGUAGCAUCCUUGUUGACAUCCAAGAAAUAUUUGCCUGUUUGUGUUGUUUCCUUUUCCAGCAUGCCGCUAUGACAUUUGAAACUAUAACAAAUUAAUUGUGACAUACAAACAGUGAUUUUGAUGCAUACUAUCAGUCUUUUUUAUUUAUUUAUUUUUUUCCAAUUUGAUCAGGUGAAUGAAAAGCAUAGAAGUUCCAGUUUUUUUGUUGAUAAAAAGAAACGAUUAUGUUGGGUUUUAAUAAAAGAUUUAGAUAGAAUAGAUAAAACUACUGGUGUUAUGUGUUGUAUAAACUUAAGGUAGUCCUGUCCGUGGGAAUCAAAGGGAUGAAAGCAAAAAGGUUUAAAGGUUCUACAAUACAAUUGAAUAGGAGUUUUUGGACAUUUUUCACUCUUACUCCACUAAAGUAGAUUUUAAAAGCAAUAUGCCAGCAGUGAUAUUGUUAUGUUAGAAAUUCUUCCUUUCAGAACAUUGUAAUGGAACUGUAUAGUUAUGUAGUACAUGUAUUAAUUAUUAUUUUUUGUUACAGUUUCAUUAAAGGGCAAGGAAUGUCUUACAAAUAAAUUUCAUAUGAAAGCUAUCGUCAAGCCUUUCAUAACGCUGAAAGAAUUUUUGAAAUCGGACCACUAUUGAAAAAGAUAUGGCAUUUAGAAGUUUAAGAAAAUGGCUGAUCAAGGAGUCAGCCAUUUUAGUGUGUUUAUGACUUCUUAUACAUACUGCUGAAUUCUUUAUUUAGCAGAUGAUAUUUUAAAUAGAUUACCGUAAUUUCAUAUGUUCCAUGAGUGUAAAACAUAAUAAUUUCUUUCAUUAUAGGUGGAAAAGGUAGAGAAAUUAUUUUACAGAAAUAAGUAAAUACAGUUCAGAUAUGUAUCUAGAAAUCUAAUAAUCUGCCAUGUUGUUUUCUGUUGCUUUGGAAAUGAAAUGGCCUCAUUUUGAUCAAAUAUUUAAAUGCUCAUAACUUCCUUAUUUUCAAGCCGGUUUUGAAAAUACUUUCGCUUCUUUAAAUGGUUUAAGAUAGCAGACAGAAUUAACAUGAGAUCAACAUUGCCUUUCACUUUAAGUUAAAACUGUGAUAUUUUAAUAUUAUCUCCAGACACUGAAACUGCUGCCAAAACCCAUUGUUUCUGUUUUUCUUUAAAAGACAGUACUGUUAACCAAACCAUAUUGAUGCAUGCAAAUAUUUCAGAAUUGUUACAGUUUAUAGCCAAAAUGUAUUUUUGUAGGAAAAUCAUUGUGUAAAACUUUGGCCUAUAAAACUAUCUAGUAAUUAUGUUUUUUUUUCCCAAUUUUUCCAAAUAUAUGCAUUGCCUCUAUAUUAACUAAGGUGUCCUGAAAAGUUUUAUAAGAAGCAAACAACAAAUUGCUAUUUAUAAAAACUGUUUUAUUUCCAGAAUGGCUGAAAUAAAAUCGCAGUUGAAAUUGGCUUUUAAUGAUGCAUUAUGUAAGAUAUUUUAAAAUGUAAAAAUUCUAUUGCCAUUCUUUGAGUUCUUUAGAACAGUGUAUGAUAUUGAAUUUUUUAUCAAGUGUUAUAAACAUAAUUGAUGAAAACCCCUGUUACAGAAUAGAUGAAAAAUCAAACAGUAGUUCGUGUAAAAUAUGGAAACACAUUAAGGGAAAUCAAAAUUUUAAAAAAAUCGAGACAAAAAAUAAAAAAAAACCCUGUCUUUGUGUUUGUGUUCUAGCAUAGUGUUAUGACUGCUGUCCUUGUGAAAUUUGAUGCAUCAAGAAAGUUGUCUUAAGAAAUUUGAAAGUACUAUCUUUCAUAUUUGUUGCUUUUCUUGUUUGUACUAUAGAUAAAGAGUUAUCUGUUGAUCGAAGUCUGCUUUUAGAAGUAAAGACACGAAAUAGCUAUGCUGAAAAUUUGUAAAUAUUAAAAGCAAGGUAUGAUAAGCCUUUUUCAACAUUUCAUCUUAAAAUGAAGGGUUUAAUUUUUUUACAGCAUUGAUAUAAACAGUGAUUACUAUGGUGUUCCUUUAAAAAAAAGUCAUAUUUUUAAAUACUAGUAUGGGAAAGCCUUCUCAUAGCUAUAGUAAGGAAAGCCUGUAAUGUAUCGAGUGCCAGGUAAGGCAACUGAAGUACCUAGUCUGCUGUCUUUUUGCCUGUCAUCAAAACGUUAAAGUUUGAACUUUUGUGAUUUGUGAUGAGCAGAUGUCACCCAGCACUUUUUACAUCGGGCAGACGUCACUUAGCCAUUUAUAUCGAGCAGACGUCACUUAGCCAUUUACAUUGAGCAGACGUCACUUAGCCAUUUACAUUGAGCAGACGUCACUUAGACAUUUACAUUAAGCAGACGUCACUUAGCCAUUUACAUUAAGCAGACAUCACCCAGCACUUUACAGCUGUUCUCACUCUCAUGUACAAUGUAUAAAAUGAUGCAUGUUCACAUUUUUCUAUGGCAGUUUUACAAAUUAUUUAUUAACCUUUAGCCUGCUGGCAGCAAGUGAUUCUGCCUUUGCAACCAGUCAAAGUAGAUACUUGGUACUGUUUGCUAUUCAGUCAGUACAUUUGCAGUGACAACCCCUUUAUAUAAUAAAUGGUACUUCCCAAAUGGAAUGAUAAACCAGUCCAUUUUAGAAAUUUAACAGGGUAAAGGUUAAAUGAGUUGUUUUUGCAUGUUACUGUGAAAAACCUAAACUUUUGUAUCAUCCCUAGAUUAGGCUUAUGUAAAGAUGUAAACAUUUGCUUGAGGUCCUGUGUGUUAUGUCCACAUAUUAACUUGUUAUAGUAUGGUACUAGGCUUGUACAUGAAAGACAUAUAGACUGUCAGCUGCUUUAUAUGUUGUGUACAGGUAUAUAUCAACUUUGUAUGAUAAUAAAAUUAGUCAAAACUUACUGUUAAUGCUGUGAAAAUAAAAGGAAAUGGAAAACUGGUA